AUUAGUUAACGGUAGCGGACUUAACAAUUCUAGGGUUUCCGAUUUCCUCCUUUGGUAACGCACGCCGACGCUGCAGUGAGCUGUCCGCCGUCGUCUCAAUCUUCCCUCUUUUCGCCGUCACUGUUUCCUCGUUUUCAUCAAACCCCUGGGAAACCUAGGAACCUCCUACUGCGAGAGGUACGAGAUUGCCUGUUUAUCUACUCUGGUCUCUCGAAGUUCUCCGUUCGGCUGCGAAGUUUCGAAUCCUCGUCUUCGGUUGAUUAAUCUUUGAGAUUGAGAUGCUAAAAACCAAUGUUGGUUCAUCCGUGUCGUGUUGCGAGUUUAAUUUUGGUGUGCUGUGGCGUUAUGAAUUUAUGAUUAGAAGGUGACAAUGGCUAGAGGGGUGCCCGGGAAUCCUGCUGGACCAGGGGUUGCGGAAACUUCAACUAGCAUCUGCAUCCCGGAACCAGAGGAACCCCUGUGCUCUAUGCGUAAGUGGUAUUUUACGAGAGAGGAGAUCGAAGAUCAUUCUCCAUCUCGGAGGGAUGGAAUCAGCCUGAAGAAAGAGUCACAGUUGCGGAAUUCAUAUUGCUCGUUUCUUCAAGCGAUUGGGAUGAAGCUUAAAGUGUCUCAGACGACAAUAGCAUGUGCAAUGGUGUUGUGCCACCGGUUUUACAUGCGUCAAUCUCAUGCUAAGAAUGAUUGGCAGACAAUUGCAACUUCAAGCUUCUUUCUUGCUUGUAAAGUACGAGAAACGCCACGCUUUUUGAAGGAUGUUGUUGUUGUGGCAUUUGAGAUGGUGCACAGUUUAGAUUCUUCUGCCUUAGAAAGUAUCAAACAAAGAGAAGUUUUCAAUAAGCAAAAGGAAUUGAUUGUGGUUGGGGAGAGACUUGUUCUGGCAACAAUUGGUUUUGAUCUUGACAUUCAGCUUGCAUACACGUCACUCGUUGCAGCUUUAAAGAGUUUAAAUAUUCUCCCCGACCUUGCUCAGGUGGCAUUGAAUUUUGUUAAUGACUGCCUUCGUACAUCACUGUGCUUGCAGUACAAGCCCCAUUAUUGCAGCUGGUUCAGUGGCUCUUGCUGCCAAAGUUCAAAAAGUGAAACUACCAACACAACAGGGAAAAGUUUGGUGGCUGGAGUUCGAUGUUUCACCAAAGCAAUUAAAUGAGGUCAUUCAGCGGAUGAUGGGGCCAGGCGGAAAAAAAGCUCUAGCGCCCGAGAAUGGAAGAGUCGUUGCAUCUGAAACACUGCCUAGAAAGCCAAGUGGUAUUGACGAGGGUGGUGGGGACGAGAUUAAACCAACAAAAGAAGAAUUGGAUGGUCUGAACUCAAAAUGCAAGAUUGCUUCUAUAUCUGAAACACUGCCUGGAAAGCCAAGUGGUAUUGACGAGGGUAGUGGGGCCGAGAUUAAACCAAUUAAAGUGGAAUUGGAUGA